UCUUUUAGACAAAAAAAAACUAUUUUUAUUACAAAGCUCUUCGUCCCGAUCGAUUACAGAUCUCUCUCUCUCUCUCUCUCUCUCUCGCGAAAUCUGCAGAGGGAACCUCUCUCCUUUGUCUCGACAUUGGGAUGACAUGAUUUGAUCCUCCGCCCGCUACCGCCGGCCAGCUCCAACCAGCCCUAACGCCGCCGCCCAACGGCGAUCCUCCUUGAUCAGCGGCAAUUCGUUCGCCCCUGUUUCCUCACACCCAAUAUGAGUCUCAAGGUUUUUAGGAUAAGCAGCAGGGGAGCUGCGGCACAGUUGUGAUUGCUAGGACCAUAGGGAAACAGAAGAAGUGAAAUGUGUGAGUAUUGCUAACAUAACAGAUGGCACAGAGCCAGUCGACAGAGUUUACCGGAUCUGGGGAUGAUUCAACUGUGCGCGAAGUCCACGCCAAUGGGCUGUGUAUGAAUACUACAGAAGUAGAAGCAAAACUCGAUGAGGGAAAUAUUCAAGAAGCAGAAUCUUCAUUACGAGAAGGGCUCUCGCUUAAUUUUGAGGAAGCAAGAGCUCUUCUUGGAAGGUUGGAAUACCAAAGAGGAAAUGUAGAGGGUGCUCUUCGUGUUUUUGAGGGCAUUGAUCUUCAAGCUGCUAUACAGAGACUACAGCCUGCUGUCACAGAAAAACAGCCUGCUAAGAAAAGCCGGUCGCGAACGGAAUCAAUUCAUGCAGUUUCACAGCAUGCUGCUAGCUUGGUGCUUGAAGCCAUAUACUUGAAAGCGAAGUCUCUUCAAAAGCUUGGGCGAUUGAGUGAGGCUGCCAAUGAAUGUAAAAGUGUGCUUGAUGCUGUGGAGAGGAUAUUUUAUUUGGGAAUACCAGAUGCACAGGUCGACAACAAGUUGCAGGAGACAGUUAGUCAUGCUGUGGAGCUGCUCCCAGAGCUUUGGAAGCAGGCUGGUUGCUAUCCCGAAGCAAUGGCUUCUUACAGACGCGCCCUUCUUAGUCAGUGGAAUCUUGACAAUGAGUGCUGUGCGAGGAUUCAGAAAGGAUUUGCUGUGUUUUUGCUGUACAGUGGAGUGGAGGCUGGGCCGCCGAGUUUAGCUGUUCAAGCCGAUGGUUCUUACAUCCCAAGAAAUAAUUUAGAAGAGGCCAUUCUACUUCUGAUGAUUUUAAUGAGGAAAUUUUGCCUCGGUAUCCUUAAGUGGGAUCCCUCAGUUAUGGAGCAUCUCACAUUUGCACUUUCUCUAUGUGGCCAGACUUCUGUUCUAGCUAAGCAGUUUGAAGAAAUCAUGCCCGGAGUGUAUCAUCGAAUUGAUCGCUGGAAUACUUUGGCUCUUUGUUAUAGUGCAGUUGGACAGAAUAAAGUUGCAUUAUAUCUGUUGAGGAAAUCCUUACACAAACAUGAGCGGCCAGAUGAUCUUAUGGCAUUACUAUUGGCAGCUAAAAUCUGCUCUCAGGACAACCUUCUUGCUUCUGAGGGUGUGGGUUAUGCAAAGAGGGCAAUUGAUGCUGCGCAGGGAAAGGAUGAGCAUUUGAAGGGCAUGGGUCUUCGGGUAUUGGGUCUUUGUCUCGGAAAGCAGGCCAAAGUGGCUUCUUCUGAUUUCGAGAGGUCUCAACUUCAAUCUGAGGCACUGAAAUCGUUAGAUGCUGCAUUGGCCCUGGAGCCAAACAAUUCAGACCUAAUUUUUGAGCUUGGAGUCCAGUAUGCCGAACAUCGAAAUUUGAAUACCGCCUUGCGAUUUGCCAAGAGAUUCAUUGAUGCAACUGGGGGAUCCAUACUGAAGGGCUGGAGACUACUUGCUUUGGUUUUAUCUGCUCAACAGCAAUUUUCAGAGGCUGAAGUGGUCACCGAUGCUGCUUUAGAUGAGACAGCGAAAUGGGAACAAGGGCCUUUGCUUCGAUUAAAAGCAAAGCUGAAGAUCUCCCAGUCAUCGCCACUGGAUGCUAUUGAGACUUACCGAUACCUCCUUGCUUUGGUUCAAGCCCAGAGGAAGUCUUUUGGGUUGACGCGGAAUGCUUCCCAGGCAGAGGAUGACAAAGAUAAUGAGUUCGAAGUCUGGCACGGUCUUGCAAAUUUAUAUUCUAGCCUCUCUUAUUGGAAGGAUGCUGAGAUAUGCCUGUCGAAAGCUAGAGAAUCGAAAGCAUUCUCUGCCGAAGCACUGCACACAGAAGGUAUGAUGCACGAGAGACGGGGACAGAUUGCUGAAGCUCUUGCUUCCUACAUCAAUGCUCUCUUGCUAGAACCGUCUUAUGUGCCCUGUAAGAUCUUGAUUGGAGCGGUUCUGUACAAGAUGGGGCCCUCAGCAUUGCCUGUUGCAAGAGGCUUACUUGCUGAUGCUCUGAGGUUAGAGCCCACCAACAGAAAUGCUUGGUACUACUUGGGCGUGGUCCAUAAGGAGGAUGGUCGUGUGGCUGAUGCAGCAGACUGCUUCCAGGCUGCUUCCAUGCUUGAAGAAUCUGAUCCUGUUGAAAGCUUCAGCUCUUUAUUUUAAUCGGCUUUUGCCGCUAAAGGUCCUUGAUGGAUAAGUUAUAAUGCAGCAUACACCGAAGGUGCAGUGCUCAGGAUGACAUCAGUGAUGUCUUGGUUUCUUCCAAUCCUUUCGAACUGACUGAUCAUAUUUUGCAUAACUGGAAGGAAGAGGCUGGGAGGAGUUCAUGGGAUUUUCGGAGGAGUCGCAUUUAAAGAAGAGAGAUGCAACAAGGCAAAAAUAGACAAAAGGAAGAAUUUCAAGUUGUUCAAAUCGUCUCUUUUAGGAUCAUAGGCUUCAUAGAAUGCUGCUGCAGUUUCUUGACAUUGUCCUACUCGAUUUAUUUGCCAGUCUUGCUCAGCCAAUGUAAAUCCAUGUUUGUUUCACUGGGCGGUUGGUGCUGGAGGGAGAACACUUAUUCAUUUUUUUCGGAUCUGGAGAUAUUUAUCGAUCGAUUGUAUUAAAUGUAUAUUUCUUCAUUUUUACUAUGAAAAUGCAGAGCCUACGUUAUAUCAUCUUCA